AUGAAGCUAAUUAUCCAAGACAACGUACUUCAACCAUUCCUAAAAUCAAGUUGCUUUCUACCUACUAGUAAAAGAUCAAAAAUGGAGGCCGAGCUUAGUGGUUCUUCCAUUUGCAACAAUGAUCAAGAUCAGCUUUUGAAAUCAGCCAAAGCAAAGAUGGGAGAAGUAAAAGAAGAAAACCAAAAGUUAAAGAGAUUAUUAUCACAAAUCCUAAAGGAAUAUCAGUCUCUAGAGAAGCAAAUUACGUCCAUGGGUCAACCUAAACAAUCAACAACAGAAACAAAUUCGUCGAGCAACAACGAGGACGAUUACGGCGUAAAAGACCAAGAUCAACCUGAGAUGGUUUCUCUAACUCUUGGUAGUUGGAAUAACCCUUGUAAUAAGAAACAAAAUUAUGACAAGAAACAAGAAAGUGAUGAUAGUUUGAAUAAAACAAGAAAAGUUGAAACUGGUGGGUUAGAGCUAGGUCUAGAUUAUCGUAACCCUAGGGUUAGUACGACUGAUUCGAUCAAGUAUUCAAGCUUGGAGAAUUCAAACAAAGUGUUAAAGGAAGAUGAAAACGUCGAUACAUGGACUUCUACUCAAGAUCUUAAGGUGAAAGAGAACACGAAUUCUCGAGAAGUGGAUGAUCAAGAGAUUUUGCAUCAACCACAAGUGAAGAAGACUAGGGUUUGCAUUCGAUCUAGAUGUGACUCUCCUACGAUUCAUGAUGGAUGCCACUGGAGGAAGUAUGGGCAGAAAAUCGCGAAAGGAAAUCCUUGUCCUAGAGCUUACUAUCGAUGCACGGUGUCUCCGAAUUGCCCUGUCCGAAAACAGGUACAAAGAUGUCCUCAUGACAUGUCCAUCUUGAUCACAACCUAUGAAGGAACUCACAACCACCCACUCCCUCUCUCCGCCACCGCCAUGGCUUCAGCCACCUCGGCCGCAGCCUCCAUGAUCAAGUCCAGUACCUUAACCUCCCAAACUCCAACCCUAACAAGGCCCGGACUAACCACUUCAUCUCUUGGACUCCAUUCCUCAAAUUUCAUGACAACCUUCAACAACAACCCAUCAUUAAUCUCAGCUUCUUGUCACAACUCACACCCUACCGUUACCUUAGACCUCACGGUCCCGAAUUCCGGGUUCUCCUCCUUCGACUGGUUAUCCUCAUCAUCAUCAUACUCUUCUGCUACUUCAUCAAGAAAUUCAAGUUUUCUAAACUUUUCUUCAUCAGCCGCUUCUUCAUCAUUACCUUCUCUAGACUUCUCUACUAGUUCAUUACCAACUAGUAGUAGUUGGGCUAGUGGGUAUUUGUUACCCUACACUAAUCAUCAUAAUAAUAACACAAGGACUAAUAAUAUUUACCAAAACCCUAGCAAUAAUAACAAUAAUGUUCAACAACAACAACAACAACAGUCGUUGAAUGAAACAAUAGCUGCCGUGGCGACUAAGGCAAUUGCAUCAAACCCUAAUUUUCAGUCAGUGUUGGCAGCUGCAAUAUCGUCAUAUGUUGGAAAUAAGGCUAACAAUGACCAGAAAAUGACGUCAUUCCCUUCGAGUGGUGCACUGCAAUCAGCAGAAAGUAGUCGGAGCUUGGCGUUGUUCCCUACUUCAUUACCGGCCUUAUCGACGUCGAAGAACAAUGCUUCUGUAGCUGCUGAUGCAAGGGAUAAUGUUGGGUAAAGGAUACAUGGAUUCAAGUUCUUUCUAUGCUUAAUUGGUGUGCAUUUUGACAUUUAGUUUUUUUUUCCCCUUUUUUUGUCUAGACAUUUUUUUUUUCAUGCAAAAUUUCCAAGUACAUAUACAUACUUUAUUUUUUAAAAACAAUUACUACAGAAUACUAUGUGUCACUUUAGAUAGAUUUUUGUUACUAAUUUGAAAUUAAAACUAGCUCUAGCUACAAUGUAUAUAUACACCACUUAUAUAAGUUUUUGAGUGGUAUAUUUGUGAGUUGUGACUUUGUGAGUGAAGCAUGCCGCUGAGGGAAAUAGGCCAAGUAUAUGAUAUUGGGACAUUGAUUGAUUUUUUCU